CUUCUAUUGGACAACAAGACUACCAAAUAAUUUGCGACCAUGUUGUUGUGUGGCACUUCUUUGUGUUGGUGUAAACAGAAUUAAGAUCAGACGAGUAUUUAGAAGUACAAGCAAACACACACAUGCUGAGCAUCACCUUAUUGACUAUAUAUACAACCUGCCAGAAAUACAAGAUGAUGUGACAAUGGAAAUAUUUCAGAACUACAGUCCAUGUGAAAAAUGUGCCGAACGAUAUGUUUGGCUUGUGAAGGAAUAUGAAGCAGGGGGCAUCACGCUCCGGCUGCAUGUACAUUUUGUAUCUUUGUACAGAAUAUGUGACGAUGUUGAGCACCCGUCAAAUAUAAAUCGUUUUUUGACUAAGGAAACGCACUGGAAAAACGUUUACGGUCUGAAACGAAUGGCGUCUGUUGGGAUUAAAUUGAAGGGCUUCACCAAGAAUACGUGGGUGGAGCUUAUCGGUCGCAUCAACGUUCCUCUGAAUGAAGACUUUGACAAACAAUACAAGCUGCAAAGGGAAAGUGUUGAUGCUCUCUGUGUAGAAACACUUCGCAAAGUUCUGGAGUGUUCUGACAACCUCAUACCGGAGGAAGCCAGACGUGUGUCAGGCCCCCCAAGCUUGUUUCAUGCGAGGAACAAUCAACCACAAGGCCCCCCGGAUACCAUGCAAGAUACAUUCAACCACAAGGCCCCCCGGGCAGAUACCAUGCAAGAUACAUUCAACCACAAGGCCCCCCGGGCAGAUACCAUGCAAGAUACAUUCAACCACAAGGCCCCCCGGGCAGAUACCAUGCAAGAUACAUUCAACCACAAGGCCCCCCGGGCAGAUACCAUGCAAGAUACAUUCAACCACAAGGCCCCCCGGGCAGAUACCAUGCAAGAUACAUUCAACCACAAGGCCCCCCGGGCAGAUACCAUGCAAGAUACAUUCAACCACAAGGCCCCCCGGGCAGAUACCAUGCAAGAUACAUUCAACCACAAGGCCCCCCGGGCAGAUACCAUGCAAGAUACAUUCAACCACAAGGCCCCCCGGGCAGAUACCAUGCAAGAUACAUUCAACCACAAGGCCCCCCGGGCAGAUACCAUGCAAGAUACAUUCAACCACAAGGCCCCCCGGGCAGAUACCAUGCAAGAUACAUUCAACCACAAGGCCCCCCGGGCAGAUACCAUGCAAGAUACAUUCAACCACAAGGCCCCCCGGGCAGAUACCAUGCAAGAUACAUUCAACCACAAGGCCCCCCGGGCAGAUACCAUGCAAGAUACAUUCAACCACAAGGCCCCCCGGGCAGAUACCAUGCAAGAUACAUUCAACCACAAGGCCCCCCGGGCAGAUACCAUGCAAGAUACAUUCAACCACAAGGCCCCCCGGGCAGAUACCAUGCAAGAGACAUUCAACCACAAGGCCCCCCGGUCAGAUACCAUGCUAGAGACAUUCAACCACAAGGCCCCCCGGGCAGGUACAAUGGUAGAGCAAACUAACCACAGUACCGCCAAGUUCCGAUGA